UUUUUCACAGUCCUGUUAAUGUUUAACUUUGUCCUUGUUCUGUUUAAAUAUGUCCUGGUUCUUUUUAACACUGUCCUGUUCCUGUUAAGAGUGUCCUAUAUAUGUUUAAAAACAAUCAUGUUUCUGCCUAAAACUGUUCUGGUUCUGUUUAUCAGUGUCCUGGUUCUUUGUUACACAAAGUUUAUUCUUUUUAAAACUGUCUUAGUCUUGUUCAACACGGUCCUGAUAAUAUUUAAUACUUUUAUGUUUUUGUUUGAUACCGUCCUAUUACUCUCUAUCACUGUCCUGGUUCUGCUAACAUUGUCCAGCGUCUGUACAACACAAUUCUGUUUCUGUGUAUUACUGUCAUGGUUCUGUUUAACACUGUUCUGAUUCUGUUUUACACUGGCAUAGUCUUGUUUAACACUUUUCUGUUUCUGUUAAAUACAUUGUCCAGCGUCUGUACAACACAAUUCUGUUUCUGUGUAUUACUGUCAUGGUUCUGUUUAACACUGUUCUGAUUCUGUUUUACACUGGCAUAGUCUUGUUUAACACUUUUCUGUUUCUG